GGCGCAUCCCAGCGGAGUCCGUCGGAACUCGGGGCGGCGGCGAUCGCCGCCGGCCAUGGCCGUGCCCGCCGCUCUGCUCAGCCCCCACCACCUCCUGUCCUUCUGCUUCCCCGCCGCCGGCGGGCUCCUGGGCUAUGCCGAUCUGGAGAAGGGCUACGAGGGCGGCGGCGACGACGCGGGGGACUUUAGAGAAGCCACCCGGGACCUGCUGAGCUUCAUCGACUCGGCUUCCAGCAACAUCAAGCUGGCGCUGGACCGGCCGGUGAAGUCCCGGCGGAAGGUGAACCAUAGGAAGUACCUGCAGAAGCAGAUCAAGCGCUGCACCGGCAUCAUCGCCGCCGCCGCGCCGCCGCCCGCCGCCUGCCCGCCCGCCGCCUGUCCCGCCCGGCCCCCGCCGCGCCGGGAGCCCGCGCAGGCGGCCGGCAGCAGCCUCCAGAGCAAGAGCCUGGCCGCCCUCUUCGGCUCCCUGCAGCGGGGCCGGGGCGCGGCGGGCGGCGCCGAGGCCAAGGCGGGCGGCGGCGGCGCGGGCGGCGGGGAGAAGGCGGCGGGCGGCCCGCGGAAGGUGCCGCUGCGGGACCGCAACCUGCCGCCCUCCUUCUUCACCGAGCCGGCGCUGCCCGGCCCCGCCGCCCGCGGGCCGCCCGCCAAGGAGCCGGAGAAGGGCGGCGGGAGCGGGGGCGCGGAGGCCGCCGAGUUCUUCGAGCUGCUGUGCCCCGAGUACGGCGCGCUGCUGCCCGAGCACGCCGCCCCGACCGACGCCUUCGGCGGCCGCCUGCCCGCCGAGCUGGGGCUGGAGCACGGGCUGUACGAGCUGCCGCUGCCCGCCGGCCCCCACCCGCUGCUGGGCGGGCUGCUGUACCCCGAACCGCCCUGGAGCCCGGCCGCGCCCUGCAGCCCGCCCAGGAAGGCUCCGGCCGAGCCGCCGCGCCCGCUCUUCCCCGGCGGAGCGGAGCCCGUGCCCGGCGGCGGCGGCGGCGGCGAGGAGCCCGGCGGGCACCUGCCCGCGGGGUUCGCCCCCUUCUUCCCCGAGUGCCCGCUGCCCCCGCCGCAGCCGCCCUACGACUACGGCGGCGGGUUCCACCGCGGGGGCUACCCCGGGCUGUAG